UGCUUACCUAAGAGAGCGGUUCCGAGAGGCGCUGGCGGUCUCUAUGGAAACGCCGCUCCUCUACAAAAACACGACCUACAGAGAAUGGGGGCGGCCGGGGACGAGAAACUGCUGUUGAGCGAGGGAGGGCUGAAGCGUGCCGUGUGAGACGGAGAGGGAAGAAGCAGAAUGGCUCACUCUCAAGCUGAAAGUGUUAUAAAGAACAUCAUCCGUGAAAUAGGACAAGAAUGUGCCAUGAAGGGGCAAACUGUUUCGGAAACUCUGGUGGCAUUCAUGGUGAAGGCUGUUGUAUUGGAUCCAAGAAAUGGAUUUAACGUGGAUAGGACCCUUACAAAGGCUGAUGUGCAAAAACUUAUUAAGCUUUCCAUUGACAGACUGCUUGACACUAGGAAUCCAUCCCUGGACACUAUUAAGAUGCAAGUUUAUUUUGAUAUGAACUAUACAAAUCGAGUUGAGUUAAUUAAUGAACAGCAUCAUGUUUUGGACUCCCGGCUUGCUCCUGUGAGCAGAGACAUUACAGAUAAUCGUGCUCGUACACGAGAAGAACUGGAAAGUGUUUAUCGAAAAAUGGUCAGCUACAUCCUGCUGCGCUCUGGCCUCGGAUCCCCUACAGACAUCAAGGUCAUUAGAGAGGCAACUGCUGCCCUGCAGAGUGUCUUUCCUCAGACAGAGCUUGCUGCUUUCCUCACUCUCACAAAGAAGGAGAAAGAGCGUCAGUUGAAAGAGCUCACCAUGAUUGUCACAGGAAUUCGGUUAUUCAACAAGGAGUGUGGGAAAGGAGGAGAAGGCAUAGAUGAUUUACCAGCUAUUCUGAAUGAAGCUAUCCCAGCAGCCAGUCACCAUAUAGAUAUAGAGCUACAAGCUUCCAAAGAGCUGGCGCACCGAUACACAUCCUUGAUUGAAAUGAUGCACCUCAGUCAAAAUGCUGAGAUGGAACUUAGAGUGACAAUGCUAAAAGAAGUCCUGUACAAUGUGAGACAACACGAGGCAUUUCUCUGCAUCAUUCUGUCUGAUGUGAUCACGUGUGCACAAGAAGUUGAUAUGAUGCACAAGCAGUUUGCAGCACAGAUGGAACAGUUGAAAAAUGUUGUUCAGUCAAAGACAGCUGUGCCUACAUCUCUGGUUUAUCCUAUAUUUAUUGCACUUUCUAACCUUUGGACCAGUUUUCAAGAUGAGAUACUGGUGCUCAGUUUCCUCAACAACUUGACUAUCAGUCUUCAGCAGUUCCUGGGAACUCACUCGCUGAUUUUUCCAGAAGAUGUGAUGGAGUCUCUUCUUGAAGAUGUUACUGUAAAAAGUGAUGAAGAAAGGUUACAGGAAACUGCUGACAGCAAAGUGAAUCCUGCUGACUUUACCAAAGAAGAAUGGCUCUUUCCAGAAACCACCAUUAAUUUCGACCAAGUGUUAAUUCAGUACCAUGGGUUUUGUGCUUACAGUUUUGCCAUGAAAGAUGGUCUUCUCCUCCCAGCAAAUCCUUCUAUUGGAGUCCUGAAAUUUAAGGAGAAAUAUUACGCUUUUAGUUCUAAGGAAGCGGCAUAUACUUUUUCCCAGAAUCCAGAGAAAUACAUUAAAAUGGUUGCAGAAAAAGCAAAGGAAUCUGCAGAGCUUAUUCAGCUGCUUGAACUUCAUCAGCAAUUUGAAUCCCUUGCCCCUUAUUCUCAGGUCAGAGCCAAAGAAAAACAAUAUAUACAGCCAAUCACAAAGUGUGACACUAGUACUCAGACAGACACCCAUAUUUUGCCACCAACUAUUGUGAAGGAUUAUGAGUGGAAUGAAUGGGAACUGAGGAGAAAAGCCAUCAAACUGGCUAACUUGCGCCAAAAGCUAACACACUCAGUGCAGACCAAUCUCAGUCACAUGAGAAGAGACAACUGCAGCCAGGUGUACCCAAUGAAGGAUUCUGGCACACAGACCAAACGUGAAAGCAAUACUAACGUACCCAGGCCACAGAUUUUCCUGGCUGGUCUCCGAGGAGGAACGCCUCCAACUACUCGCAUGACCAAAGUAAAUUUAACAAGAGCAGUUGAUGAAACAUAAAUGAGAAGUCCUUCAAUAAA